AUGCGGUCAUUGGAUUUGGAGGCCAUGCAUGCACCGAAGUUUCCUCAAUAUGUAAAUGCAGCAGAGCUUCCUGUUAUGAUGGAUGGUGAAUUUAGCGUGGGAAUGGAAUUCAGUUCUAGGGAGGCGGUAAUUAAGGCGAUGAAAGAUUAUACUAUUCGUAGAGGUGUAGAUUACCGGGUGCAUGAGUCAGAACCGACGACAUUCUAUGCUAAAUGUACCCAGUAUGGCACAGGCUGUGAUUGGCUUAUCAGGGUGAGCAAAAUAUCCAGGAAGUACUGUUGGGAGAUAAGGAGGUACAAUGGCAGUCACACCUGCAUUAGGGCCACCAUUUCUCAAUAUCAUUCGAAGCUGGAUUCAAACACAAUUGCAGAAGUAAUAAAGCCAUUGGUAGAAGUUGACCCAUUUAUAAAGGUGAAAUCAGUGAUAGCGAAAGUACAGUCGAAGUUUAACUACACCAUAAGUUAUUGCAAAGCAUGGUUGGCAAAACAGAAGGCAAUGGAGUCAAUUUUCGGAGGUUGGGAAGCUUCCUAUGAAGCUUUGCCGAUAUGGUUUGAGGCCAUGUGUCACAAGGAGCCAUCCGCAGUCGUUCAUUUUGAAAUAAUGCCUGCAUAUCAGGGAGAUGACUUGGUUCUUAACAUUCGUGUACUACACCGAGUCUUCUGGAGUUAUUACCCUUUUUCACAGGAUGGCAACAAAAACAUCGUGCCUAUUGCAUUUGCGAUAGUUGAGGGAGAGACAUCUGAGGCUUGGCACUUUUUUCCUAGUAACUUGCGACAUCAUGUUGUGACACGUGAUGGUGUGGGCCUUAUCUCCGAUCGGUACGAUUCCAUCAGGUCAGCUAUUGCUCGCAGUAAUGGAGCUUGGUCUCCUCUGAAAACAUUCCACAUAUUUUGUAUCAGACACAUUGAGUCCAAUUUUUUGAGGAAGUUUAAGGCUCCGUAUCUACAGAAGCUUAUCGUCAAUAUCGGAUAUUCCCGAACAGUUCACGAGUACGAGAUGCGUUAUCAGCAUUUAUGCGAGCGGGGUGAGGCUUAUACCAACUGGUUGGAUCGUAUUCCCCGACAUAUGUUCUCUAAGCUUGUAACCUCCAAAUCGCAUGCCAAUCAGCGGGCAGUGGGUAACAUUCAAGUUAGUUACUUUGACAGACAGAAUGAGGUAUUUGAAGUGCGUAAGUGUCCCAGUGGUCUAGAGUAUGCAGUGGACCUCCGUCGACAACGGUGUGACUGUGGUGAAUUCCAGGUAGACCGGAUUUCAUGUCGACAUGUGUUUGCUUGUUGUGCAAACCAGCGCUUGGAUUGGCAACUGUAUGUUCAUGAUGUUUACAAAAUGGACCAAGUUCGACGAGUGUACAGGACGAGGUUUAGGCCACUAGAGAACCCGACAACAUGGCCUGUUUAUCAUGGACCCCGAUUCGUAGGUAAUCCGUUCCUCAGAUGGGUAUCCAAAGGUCGACCAAGAAUGACCCGUUUCUUAAAUGAGAUGGACACUCGGAUGUUGCGUGGUCCUAGGCAAUGUAAGCAAUGUGGGACCGAGGGCCACAGCCGUAGUAGAUGUCAUCAUCGUGGUGGCCCAAGUGUUGGUGCGACAACCCAAUAG